AGCGCUGACGCCGGGGAUCCCUCAGCCUCUGGCCUGGGAUUCCCUGCGCAGCCAACAACAGAAAGAAGAAAAGCAGCUCCCACACAGAGCCUCCCGGCUGCUCAGACCUUGCCCAGCACACCGGAUUCCCAGCUCCGAGACCCGGGACUCCUCCUGUCCUGGGCCGAACGCUCUUUUAGCGCAGUAGAGUGCACUUUCUCCAACUGGAAAAGCGGGGACCCAGCGAAAACCCGAGCGAACGAUGGGAGGGAGCUGGGCGCAGAGGCGCCGGGCCGGCCGGCGGCAGGUACUAUUUCCUUUGCUGCUGCCUUUGUUCUACCCCACGCUGUGUGAGCCGAUCCGCUACUCGAUUCUGGAGGAGCUGGCCAAGGGGUCGGUGGUGGGGAACCUCGCUAAGGAUCUAGGGCUCAGUGUCCUGGAUGUGUCGGCUCGCAAGCUGCGAGUUAGCGCGGAGAAACUGCACUUCAGCGUAGACGCGGAGAGCGGGGACUUACUUGUGAAGGACCGAAUAGACCGUGAGCAAAUAUGCAAAGAGAAAAGAAGAUGUGAGUUGCAAUUGGAAGCUGUGGUGGAAAAUCCUUUAAAUAUUUUUCAUGUCAUUGUGGUGAUUGAGGAUGUUAAUGACCACGCCCCUCAAUUUGAUAAAAAGGAAAUACAUUUAGAAAUUUUCGAAUCUGCAUCCGCUGGUACACGACUAUCGCUUGACCCUGCGACGGAUCCUGAUAUAAACAUAAACUCAAUUAAAGAUUAUAAGAUAAACUCUAAUCCUUAUUUUUCAUUAAUGGUUAGAGUUAAUUCCGAUGGUGGCAAAUACCCAGAGUUAUCUCUGGAGAAACUCCUAGACCGGGAAGAACAGAGAUCUCAUAGCUUGAUAUUGACUGCCUUGGACGGAGGGGACCCACCAAGAAGUGCCACCGCUCACAUAGAAAUUUCUGUCAAGGAUACCAAUGAUAACCCCCCGGUUUUCAGCAGAGACGAAUAUAGAAUUAGUCUUAGUGAAAAUCUGCCCCCUGGGUCCCCCGUGUUGCAAGUGACAGCCACUGACCAAGAUGAGGGGGUCAAUGCUGAGAUAAAUUACUACUUCCGAAGCACUGCCCAGAGCACAAAACAUAUGUUCUCAUUGGAUGAGAAAACAGGUAUGAUUAAGAAUAACCAGUCAUUUGAUUUUGAAGAUGUAGAAAGGUACACCAUGGAAGUGGAAGCGAAGGACGGAGGUGGUCUCUCUACCCAGUGUAAAGUAAUCAUAGAAAUCCUGGAUGAAAACGACAACAGCCCAGAAAUAAUCAUCACUUCUCUCUCUGAUCAGAUUUUGGAGAAUUCCCCUCCAGGAAUGGUUGUUGCCCUCUUCAAAACACGGGACCUGGAUUUCGGAGGAAAUGGAGAAGUCAGGUGUAAUAUAGAAACAGACAUUCCAUUCAAGAUUUAUUCUUCUUCCAAUAACUACUACAAACUGGUGACAGAUGGAGCCCUGGACCGAGAGCAGACACCAGAAUACAAUGUCACCAUCGUAGCCACUGACAGGGGCAAGCCGCCCCUUUCUUCCAGUAGAAGCAUCACCUUGUAUGUCGCUGACAUCAACGACAACGCCCCAGUUUUCGACCAGACAUCCUACGUGGUUCACGUGGUCGAGAACAACCCCCCAGGAGCCUCCAUUGCGCAAGUGAGCGCCUCUGACCCGGAUUUGGGGCUCAAUGGCCGCAUCUCCUACUCUAUCGUGGCGAGUGACCUAGAGCCCCUGGCGCUGUCGUCAUACGUGUCAGUGAGCGCGCAGAGCGGGGCGGUGUUCGCGCAGCGCGCCUUUGAUCACGAGCAGCUGCGCGCCUUCGAGCUCACGCUGCAGGCCCGCGACCACGGCUCGCCCACGCUCAGCGCCAACGUGAGCCUGAGCGUGUUGGUGGGAGACCGCAAUGACAACGCACCGCGGGUGCUGUACCCAGCUCUGGGUCCUGACGGCUCCGCGUUCUUCGAUACGGUGCCUCGCUCUGCAGAGCCCGGCUACCUAGUGACUAAGGUGGUAGCGGUGGACGCCGACUCGGGACACAACGCCUGGCUGUCCUACCACGUGCUGCAGGCCAGUGAGCCCGGGCUUUUCAGCCUGGGGCUGCGCACUGGGGAGGUGCGCACGGCUCGAGCCUUAGGCGACAGGGACGCAGCCCGCCAGCGCUUGCUGAUAGCUGUGCGUGACGGUGGAGAGCCGCCACUCUCUGCCACCGCCACGCUGCAUCUGGUAUUCGCAGACAACUUGCAAGAGAUACUGCCAGACCUCAGCGACCGCCCUGUACUCUCUGACCCCCAGGCUGAACUGCAGUUUUACCUGGUGGUGGCCUUGGCCUUAAUCUCAGUGCUCUUCCUCCUCGCCGUGAUUCUGGCCAUUGCCUUGCGCCUGCGACGCUCUCUCAGCCCUGCUACUUGGGACUGCUUCCAUCCUGGUCUCUGUGUCAAGUCUGGACCUGUAGUUCCCCCCAACUACAGUGAGGGGACUUUGCCUUAUUCUUAUAAUCUGUGCAUUGCCCAUACGGGUACAAAAGAGUUUAAUUUCCUAAAAUGCAGUGUGCCCAUACAUUCCAAUGAAGACAUGGUUUGCAGUGUUUCUCCUGGAGCCUUAAUUCCACCUCAUGGUGGGGAGGAUUUGACUUCACAUCCUGAGACUCUAACUUCGGUGAGUUUCUCUUUUUUAUGUGUGAUUUAUCUAAUAGUCUACUAGUUUCUCAUAUUUUGGGCAUACUACUUUAUUUUCAUAUCUAGAAUCAUAUGUUUAAAAUCCAUAGCUUUUUACAAUAUUUUCUCAAUGUUUUUUCAAUUAUAGUUUUCACUAUAUUUGGUUCAUAAGUUGCUCUAUCUUUUUGUAAAAGAAUGUCACCAGAUUGAAGAUAUUUUGUCUUUGUCUUUUAUUUUAUUUAUUUAUUUUUUUUUUGAGAUAGAGUCUCGCACUGUUGCCCAGGCUGGAGUGCAGUGGCGUGAUCUCUGCUCACUGCAACCUCCGCCUUCUGGGUUCAAGCGAUUCUCCUG